UUGUGCCGUGUAAUAAAUCCUUUUUUCCCUAUUGUUAAGAUAUAGCUGAAUAUAAUCCAAAGUGAAGUUACGUGGAAUCUAGCAUGUCAACAUGAGCUAUGCAUCAUGAAAUUCAACAAGUGCAAAAUCUCACUAUUUUCCAGCAUUCAUAAAACUUACUACUAUACAAGCAUAAAAUUUACAUUUGCAUAAUUUUGAAUUUUACUUGAGCAUGUGCCAGGAGACGGUAAAUCUAUAAAUCAUUCUGAAAAUUUAAAAUACGCCCCCCUUCAAUCCUUUAUCCCCAACACUUCAUUUAUCUAAUGACUUAUUAACAUUAUUGAACAUUUCUGAUUCCUUUAGAAUAUAAAAGAACCUCUGGUCUAUCAUAUUUUGUUACAGAUAUUUGUCUCUUUAUAUGGCAGUGGAUCUCAAGAGAGAUAGCAGUGUUGCGAAAUUGUAUUGAUCUGGAAAAUGAAAAGGGAUGGAGGAGAGAAUAUCCUUUCAUGACAUUUUUGAUAAUAUUACGUCAUAUUAGAAUCUAUAAUCCAAAAUGUUCUGAAUUGUUCCCUAAUUUAGUGCUGACAAUUUGUGCCUUAACCAUAUUUUCAUACACUUGCUCAAUACAUAGAUCGAAAAAUGAAGCUGGAAUCUCCAUCAGAACAAUUACGUUUAUUGAGUGAAAUUCCAAAAGUAAUUUCAGAAAUGGUUGAUACCAGAGAAGACUCCUCCAAAGAAGAUAAGCUUGAGCAAAAUGAUUUGUCAGAAUUAGCCAUUGGCGAGAAUUGUAGCUCUUUUGAACAAUACUCCAUACAUGAUAGUUUUGCUCGAUGUCUGGAUAAGCAAACAAAUGUUGUAGUGACGACUCAGGAGCCAAAUAUACUGGUUGGUGUUAAUAGCCCUAUAGUACAACAGUUGAGUUAUAGCGCCAAGAUAUGGAAAGGUAUAUUCCAAGAAAGGGAAGAUAGGAACACAUGGAAGAGACUUGGGGCUAGAGAAGGUAUAUUCCAGGAAAAAGAAGAUAGGAACACGGAAAAAACUUAGGGAAGGUUAUGCUUUUUAGAUAUUGAGUGGGGCCAGGAAGAAUAUAAGACGGGAGGUGGUUGUGAAGAGGGCUUGGACAUGGUUUUUUAUGGAAGGCAAGAUGCAUUUUGGUUUAAUGGAAUCGGCUUUGGGCCUAGUUAGGCAGGAAGUUGGCAUUUAUCUGCUGCUGCUUCUGAUUUUGUUAUGCUUGUUUCCAUUUUCUACUCAUGUACUCUGAUAUCUCAGUAUCAGUUCAAUAUAAUGUAGCCUUUUAAUUUUUUACUAUGCAGUAAAGGAUCAAUAUAAUCCAAGGGUGAUAUUUUAUUAUUUCUGUUAUUAUAUUUGAUUGACUAUAUCCUUGUAUGCACUCCUUGUGCUAUUUGUUAAUAUAUCUUUUGGCUUUUUCAACAAAAAAAUAUCAUUUCAUUUUGUUCAUUGAAUAUUAAAAUGUUUUUUCUAAGACGAAUUUCAUCAUUAAGAAUUCUUCUUUGAGAAUGUCCUUGCCAGCAAUUGUAAGCAAGAUCCUAUAAAAAAAAACUCACAUUAUGAAGUAGU